AUGGCGACGGAGGGAGGAGGGAAGGAGAUGAACGAGAUUAAGACACAAUUCACCACCCGGGAAGGUCUGUACAAGCUGCUGCCACACUCAGAGUACAGCCGGCCCAACCACGUGCCCUUCAACUCGCAGGGAUCCAACCCUGUCCGCAUCUCCUUCCUCAACCUCAACGACCAGUCUGGCAACGGCGACCGCCUCUGCUUCAAUGUGGGUCGGGAGCUCUACUUCUAUAUCUACAAGGGGGUCCACAAGGCUGCUGACUUGAGUAAACCAAUAGAUAAAAGGAUAUACAAAGGAACACAGCCUACUUGUCAUGACUUUAACCACCUAACAGCCACAGCGGAAAGUGUCUCUCUCCUAGUGGACUUUUCCUCAGGCCAAGUCCAGCUUAUAGACCCAAUUAAAAAAGAAACUAGCAAACUAUUUAAUGAGGAAGUAGAGGAGAGGCUGUUGGUAAACACGAUCUGGAAGCAGCUCUGGCUGAGGAUGGCACAGAAUGCCACUUAGAGAACAAGAAAGAGACUAAUAGACAAGGCACGCAUAACCUGUGUCAAAUGGGUGACCCGCUCGGAAAGCCUUCUCCUAGUAGCCCAUUCGAGUGGGAACAUGUACUUGUAUAAUGUGGAGCACACUUGUGACACAGCCCCCCACUACCAGCUUCUGAAGCAGGGAGAGAGCUUUGCUGUGCACACUUGCAAGAGCAAAUCCACGAGGAACCCUCUCCUUAAGUGGACGGUGGGCGAGGGGGCCCUCAGCGAGUUUGCUUUCUCCCCAGAUGGCAAGUUCUUAGCGUGUGUGAGCCAGGACGGGUUUCUGCGGGUGUUCAAUUUCGAUUCAGUGGAGCUGCAUGGUACGAUGAAAAGCUACUUUGGGGGCUUACUGUGUGUGUGCUGGAGCCCAGAUGGCAAGUACAUUGUGACAGGUGGAGAGGACGACUUGGUGACAGUCUGGUCCUUUGUAGACUGCCAAGUAAUAGCUAGAGGCCAUGGGCACAAAUCCUGGGUCAGUGUGGUGGCAUCUGAUCCCUAUACUACUAGCGUAGAAGAAAGCGACCCUAUGGAGUUCAGUGGCAGUGAUGAGGACUUCCAGGAUCAUCUUCAUUUUGGCAGAGAUCGAGCAAACAGUACACAGUCCCGGCUGUCCAAGAGGAACUCUACUGACAGCCGCCCGGUAAGUGUUACGUACCGCUUUGGUUCAGUGGGCCAGGACACGCAGCUGUGUUUGUGGGACCUUACGGAAGACAUCCUUUUCCCUCACCAACCCCUCUCAAGAGCAAGGACACACACAAAUGUCAUGAAUGCCACAAGUCCUCCUGCUGGAAGUAAUGGGAACAGUGUCACAACACCUGGGAACUCUGUGCCCCCUCCGCUGCCUCGGUCCAACAGCCUUCCUCACUCGGCGGUCUCCAAUGCAGGCAGCAAAAGCAGCAUCAUGGACGGGGCCAUUGCCUCUGGGGUCAGCAAAUUUGCACCUCUCUCACUGCAAGACCGGAAGGAGAGACACCAUGAGAAAGACCACAAGCGAAACUAUAGCAUGGGACACAUUUCUAGCAAGAGCAGUGACAAACUGAAUCUAGUUACUAAAACCAAAACGGACCCAGCUAAAACUUUGGGAACGCCCCUGUGUCCUCGGAUGGAAGACGUUCCCUUGUUAGAGCUGCUGAUCUGUAAAAAGAUAGCACAUGAAAGACUGACUGUAUUAAUUUUUCUUGAAGACUGUAUAGUCACUGCUUGUCAGGAGGGAUUUAUUUGCACAUGGGGAAGGCCUGGUAAAGUGGUAAGUUUUAAUCCUUAAUGCUGCACCAGAUCUAGAACGUGAAUAGGUAGUGAUUUUUUUUUCUUGUGGGAGGGGUGGGGUGUACAAUGAAUGUGAAUGACACUUCUUAUUCUUAAUGUAAAUCUAAAUGCAUCAGAGCCAUAAUUUUGGAUACUGCAUGCCAUGUAAUUCUGAAUCAUUUGAUAAUUCACCUUAGCGCAUUUAAAAAAUAUAUAAUCAAACUAAUUGCCAGCUAAGUCAGUCAUCCUUCUGGGAGUAUAUAGAGCCCCAAGAUUAGCGCUCCUGUAUCAGACUAUUUCAAUUUUAGGGAAAUCAUGACAGUGGGGGUGGGGGACAAUGACUUUAAAAUGCUAAAAUUGAUGCUUUAACUGGAAUAUUUUUGCUUAACUA